AUGUUUAAAAGUAAUAAAUUGAAAAAGGUGUCCAACCCUUUCAAAACGUCGUCCAGAGAUAAAGGCAAUGAGCAGCCAAAAGAAGAAUCGCAUUCUUUUUCGUUCCCCUUCAAGUCAUCAGGUAGCAAAUCUUCCGAUGCAAACCCUUCCGAAUCCGUUCCGACCUCUAAGAAAAGCACCCAUACUUCAGGUGAUUCAAAAUUAUUCGAUAUCAGACCAAUUUCGGUGUCGGGAUUGACUGGGAAGAUUAUUUGCAUGGCGUACGAUUGUACGCAGAGUCUUUUGGCAGUUGCUACAGAUGCCCUGGAGAUACAUUUGUUUGGACAAAAGCAGAUAGACGUAACAAUGACAUUGACCACUGGUGCCCCCAUUAUUGAUUUAGAAUUUGUGAAGGGCAUUUAUUUGGUUGUUGUUGAUGCGAAAGAUACGGUUACGGUUAUAUCCCUUUUAUCCAAAAGAGUUUUGGCCACUUUCUUUUCUCCGAGCAGAAUCACUUGUAUAGAAACUGAUCCAUCGGUAGAUUGGCUACUACUCGGGUUACAAAGUGGUUCAAUAAUGAUAUAUGAUGUUGAUAGAAAUCAAGUAUCCGACGUUAAGAUCGAGAACCUGCAGAAGAGUUAUUUUUUCCCAAAAAAUAAGCUGUCACCUGUUGUUUCCAUAUCUUGGAAUCCACGAGAUAUUGGCACGAUACUAAUUUCAUAUGAACAAGUCACCGUUACCUAUUCCUUGGUCAGUGGCGAGGUUAUCCAACACUUCAUAUAUGAAUUACCACCAUACGCACCAGGUGGGGAUUUUUCAACAGGGGUGGAGAGAGCUAGAACCCCCAAGAUCAUUCAGUCUCUGUACCAUCCAAACUCGCUGCAUAUGCUAACAGUGCAUGAAGACAAUUCUAUGGUAUUUUGGGAUGUUAAUACUGGUAAACUGAUACAGGCGAGGACCUUAUUUGAUUAUAAUAUUCAUUUAACUCAAGAUGGCUCAGAGAAUCCAAAAUCUACUGCACAUGCACCAAGGAUUUACAAAGUUGUUUGGGUGUGUCAAAAGAAUCCAGAGUACACAUACUUGGUUGUGGCCACUAAACCUUCUGUCCCCAAUGAUACUACCCAAGGUAUUACGAUCUUAGAUUUGGGCGGUACACCACUCUAUAGUGUAACAUCAUACGACGCGAUGGCGAAGUACUAUGCACACCCAAAACAAGAGAAAUUAUGUCCCUUGGACCGCCAAACUCAGUGUAAAGAUUUUAUACCAAUCGCCAAAUCUUCCCCUUAUUUUGCGGGCGGCCACAAUCCAACUUGUUUAUUGAUACUUUCAGAGGAUGGUGAAAUCGAAACUAUGUUAUUUCCCUCGGGAAUUAUUACCUCCAAGGCGUCGCUCUUGCCUCAGAGUUUGUCUUGGGCAAGAUCGAAAACAACAGUGUGUAGUGCUGUCUCUGCCCCAAACAAAUUAUGGUUGGGUAUGGUUUCAUCAAACACAAAAUACGACAGCAUCCUCCAAGGAGGUGUGGCUGGUAAAAAAGAUUUAAGAGUUCAGAAUAUAAGAACAGUAUUGCUUUCAGGGCAUAAAAAUGGAUCUGUUCGUGUUUGGGAUGGGGCGGCAGGGGAUUUGGAUGAUAACUCUGUUUUUGAGGUCAAUCUAGCUCGCAUUUUGAAUAGGGCAGACCAGUUAUCGAUUGAGCACAUUUCAUUCGCGCCAGAUACUUUGGAGUUAGCUGCGGCGACUGAAAACGGGGACGUUAUGCUAUUCAAGUAUGAGGUAAAUCAAUACUUUGAUUUACAGAGGAAGAACGCUACCAGUGAUUUGGAUCUGAAUUUCAGCAGGUUCUCUUUAGAUGGGUUCAAAGACCCUGUGAUUGAUGUGAGAGAUAGAUCCCCAUAUAAUAUCAGGCAAGGUUUGAUGCCCAGCACCGCUGUUCAUCUGAAGAAAGGGAAAGUAACUGCUUUGGAGAACAGUAAUAUUUGGCUUUGUUUGUCUAUUGCAUAUCAGGAUGGUACGCUUGUUUUACUUGAUAGAAGAGGGCCCGCUAUCAUUUACAUGGACCAAGUUCGAAGUCUAACAAAGCAGCAAAGCCAAUACGUCACCUGCAUUAGUUUUGCAAUUAUGCAAAACGGGGAGGAGCAGUACUCCAGUAUUCUAAUGUUAUGUGGUACCAAUACCGGCGAGUUGAUUGUUAAUAAAGUUUUACCUGAACAAACCGGGCGGUUUCAUGUCCAGUAUGGGGAUGUUAUUAAAGGUAACGACAAGGGACCUGUUCUCAAAAUAGAGUCGAUUGCGAAGGAAACAGGAUAUAGCUGUGAUGCUAGUGUUAUCAAGAUGCAGGAUUUAGCUAAAGGCAUUGCCAUACCAGGUUUCAUUAUAGUGACGAGCGAUUCGGACGUGAGAGCAGUUAAGAUUGGAAAGGGUAAAGUAGCAUCCAAGUCUUUCAAAUACCCCGUUGCAUGUUCCGGUUUAUCGUAUGUUGUGGCCUAUAAUGCAAAAAAGGAACGGAAGUUGAUGUCAUACAUUAUGGUUCUUUUGGCAACUGGUGAUAUCCGUGCAUUGUCUGUGCCUGACUUGAAAGAGGUGAUGUCGGGGCACUCUCCGACACCUCUCAAUUCAAAGUUUGCAAGGGAUUCCGCAGUGUUAAAGAAUGGUGAUAUGUUUUCAAGAACAAGCGAAUAUAAAACCGUUCUCUUCUCAACUGUCAUUGAUCCGAACUCUCCGCAACAUCAGACUCAGCCGGAAGUUGAUUCCUUGUAUAAUCAGCAUUUGAGAAUACCGUACAGGCCGCAGGUUAACUCUUUACAGUGGGCUAGGGGCACAAUAAUGUGUACGACUGACCAAUUGGAUGAACUGUUGGGAGGACCAAGAAGGGAACCAUCCAAGUAUAAAGAAAGUGAAAUUGCGAAGGGUACUUUAUCAUUAAAGCCAUCAGAGGAUUCAAAGCCACCAGGGACUCCGCAGCCCUAUAAAAGGGCGUCUAGAAACUCAGGAAGGUCCAGUUCCUAUGGUAUGAUGAAAAGUGUUAGUCGCGCAGUUGAGACAAAGCUGGACAAUCUGGAAGAUCAAUUUAACGAUUACGCCUCUGCGGUGGGCCAAGGCAUGAACGACGCUAUGGAAGAGACGGGGAAAGAUUUUGUAAAGGGAUCCUUCGGGUUCUAA